UUCCUGUCUUGUUUAGGGAUACCGCGGAAGUGACUGCGGACAAAUCAGCUCUGCAGAGGCUGCGAGAGUUUAGGGUGUCUGCGUUUUAGCUGCUUUCGGCGGGAAAGAUGCCGGGUCUGGCGGCCGCAAGCCCUUCCCCGUCCGAGCCUCAGGAGAAGAAGCCGCUGAAGCCCUGCUGCGCCUGCCCGGAGACCAAGAAGGCGCGCGAUGCGUGCAUCAUCGAGAAAGGAGAAGAGCACUGUGGACAUCUAAUUGAGGCCCACAAGGAAUGCAUGAGAGCCCUGGGAUUUAAGAUAUAAACGCACGAUCCAGUAACAACAGUUGGAGAUCGGCCCCAGUUCAGGACCUUUGAGCCAGCUGACAUCAUCUGGCCCCAGCCACCUCCCCUGCCCCUGUCCUGCUUGCUGCUGUUUUGGAUUUCGCUACCACAAGCUGGUCUGUGUUACCGGAAUAUGCCAUGUAUUUUUGUUUUGUUUCUGGGCUCCACUUCACAUUCUGUUCCUCUUGCUGGAAGGCCCUCUCCAGCUGGGGAGUCCCCACUCAUCUUUGCAGACCAGCCUAAAUGUCACCUUCCCUGUGAUGUUUUACCUGAAUUCUUUGCUCCCCCAUUAGCAGUUUUCCUUUGUAAGCUGGAUGUUCUUAUUCUAUUGAACUUUGUUGUUUUCUGGGUCAGUCUCCCCCAAGACCAAAAGGUCCCUGAAGCUGGUAACUGUCCUGUUCAUCUUCACAUCCCCUGUUCUGGCACACAUGGUUUGUCCUGAAUAAACACAGAGUUGAAUCAGCUCAACAC